GUUGUAUCAGGCUCCUGGCUGACCACCAUUAUUUUGACGUGACCUAUAACUAUUCAUCUAUUCACAGUGGUUGCUGUUUGAUGAAGAUCAAAAACCACACAGAGCCACACAGGAUGUUCUGGGGCACUAGAAUGAUAUAUAUUGAGCGAGGAUUUCAUCCUGCCUAGCAAAAACGCAACAAUGGCAUCCAACCCUUCUGGUACCGCGUUGGAGUCAAUUUCUGAAGACAUUCUACAAAUUUUCAAUGAUUACCCUGCGGUGAAAUAUACAAAUGCUGCUUUCUUGACAAUUUUAAUUUAUGAUUAUACAUUGACCAUCAAUUUAGAGAUGAAUUCUGUGUGGACUUUACCAUGGAAGUUGCCAAAAUUUCUGUUCGUCAUCAAUCGUUAUAUUGUUCCACCUAUGUUGUUCUUUGAUGGAAUAUAUAUGGACUUCUACAAUACCCCAUCUGACAUGUGUCAAUUUGUGGCCAAGUUUUCACCUUGGCCUACUCUAGUCUCCCUCGGGACUGUGGAAAUGAUUCUUAUCAUCAGAACUUUGGCAAUUUAUCAUGAACAACGGAGUAUUGGACUUUGCCUUAUUGGUUUAUUUACCGUAUCAAUGUUAUCCUGGUUCCCUGCAUCAAUCGUGGUAGCAGCCAGAACCACAGGCACUUCCGGGACCAAUAUAUUUACAGGCUGUAUAUUCAAUGCUCAUGGUAUAGUAUGGCCAACUUGGAUACCACCUGUUAUUGUUGAAAGCACUCUUUGCUUAAUGGUAGCUUACAAGGUCCUUGUGCAAGUUGAAAGAAUACCAACAUUCCAACUUUUGGCUCGGGACUCGCUUAUUUACUUUCUCUUGAUGUUCUCAUUACUUUUGGCCAAUUUGUUCAUUUUCAGAUUUGGCCAGGGUUUCCUAGGUGCAUUACUACUAGUACCCUCAACUAUUGUUGCUUGUAUUUCUGCUGGCCGGAUGAUGAUGAAUCUAAAAAGUCUCUCACUUGCACCUGGAGCCACAGAGUUUUUGGAUAUGGGCACUAUUGACUGGCAAGCUGAUUCCAAUAUAAUUGGAGAGCUAAUCUCUGAAUAGAAGAGUUAUUUUUGUAUCUUAUCUUCAAGUUGUUCUUCCACAGCUUUGCAUAAUAUCCUCCUUUCAGUUGUCACCAUGACGGAUACCCGAUAGAUAUCUGCGAUUAGUACACAACAAACUCUGUACAUGCAAUUGGAUCAGGUGGAUGAUUUGUGGGCCAAUUGCUGGAAGAUAGACAGACACCAGCCUCCAAAUUUGUGGAGACCUCAUGGUCAAACAGGUAGUGUUUCAACCAUUCAAUAAGUAAAUGGAUAUCCGAGCUACCUCAUUCCUGUCGCACAUUACAGAUCGCUUGAAGAAGGCUUAUUCUUGAGCUUGAGGCCUCGGG